CCACUUUUCUGCUCAGCGGCUCAGCAGCUGCUGAGGACGAAUGACCAUUAAAGCAUGUACUUACUUACAAGGUGGGAUUGCAUUUUGAAUUUAGAUUAUAUUUGAAUCAAAUGUAAUAUAUUAUGCGCUCUGAUCAUUUUAAUAAGAGAGGAACAAGAUAAAACAACAGAUAAAAUAUGUUGUGUUGUAAGAGAGUCAGCUUCUAUUGCUACCGAUGUGCACUGUGGAAUCCAAGACAUCAACAAACAAUUCAUAGGAAAAUCAAACAUUUAGCAGUAAAAAACUUACGAAGCUCCCAAACAUUUAGUCAACAAAAGCUAACCUCUUUUGGUUUGCCUACUAAAAAGCCUUUAUUGAACACUUUCAAACUAGGAUCAAGAAGAUUUGUACCAUGGGGAAUGUUGGCUUCAUACUCAGAUCAAAUUAUAGAGGAGGUCAGCACUAGUGAAUCCUUAGAAGAUAUUUUGAAUGUUGCUGAAAAAAGGAGAUCUUCAAUGAGAUCUGUACAUAUUGCUGAAGUGUUCUUGCAGCUGAGUAAGAUAAUAGAAUUGAAUACUGGUCAGCAGCCUCAUGAUCUAGUUCAGAAUAAGGAUUUUGUUAAUCUUUGCAUCUUAGCAGAAAAUCUUGUCUCGGAAAUGAGUAAUACUGAGUUAAUUACUAUAUUAAAUAGCCUGCUGGUAUUAUGUGCAGAUCAGGGGUUGAGCCUUGCCAAUGUUGUUCAGUCGGAGUGCCAUCAUCGUCUGCAUUCAUUCAACUAUACUCAGUUAUCUUAUGUAGCAGUUUGGUUCCAUAAACGGAAGCAGAUCAGGAAUCAUACAAUGGGAAAGAUUGCCGACAUUUUCCAAAAAGAGCUGCACAAAAUUGAAGACUUUGAGUCCUUCGCACGUCUGAUAGUAGCUGUUAUGCCAAUUUGCACUAAAACCUUUGAGAAAGAAGUCUUGGACAGAGCCUGGUGUCUUUUAGAAGAAACAGAUCCUAAGAAGGUACCUGUUGAGUCUGUUAGGUUCAUUCUGCAAGCACUAGUGAUCAUCAGGAACUGUCAUACAAGGAUACUAAAACACUGUGCGAACAUACUUCUGCCAAAGUUAUUAAGUGUGUCUGUAACUGACCUAAGUUCUGUUCACUUUUGUAUGGCUUACCUUGGUUUUAGUCAUAAGGAAUUGAAUUCAUCUAUACGAGCACGGUUCAUGCAGGUACUUCCGCAGGUGAAUAAGGUAAAAGAGAUUAUAUGCCUAAUGGAUGUCUUGGGACCAAUUUCAUCUUCUUAUGUUAGACAUCAAUUAGAAGAAAAGCUUCUUGCAAAUACUGAUAAAAUAACUGCUGAGUUUAUUCAAGGUGCCUGUAAUGGACUGCGUAUUAUGAGACACAACAACGACUCUCCACUUAUACGAAAGAUUACAGAAAGGGUUAAAGAUCUUAUAUCUGAACUCACAAUAUAUGACCUAAUUCGUAUAUGUGAGUGCCUUAAAAAUGUUGACAUUUCCCCUGCUGAUGAAAUAUUUGAAAUUUUGAAGGAAAAACUUUUGGAGAUUUUAGAUAAUGCCAUUUCCACAAGUCGAGUAAAACAUGUAGCAUAUUGUUUCUCACAAUUACCCUGCACCAGCUUGGAUGUAAAAGUUUUAGAGCGACUUGAAAGCAUGUGGUCUGCGUACCAUGCUGGUGAUAUACUUCAAAUUAGGAAAAUCUUAAAGACAUUUUCUGAAAAGCCUUCUUUAAGUGGUGAGGUAAUGAGAAAUUUGAAAAGAUUAAAUGAGAAGGUUGGUAGCUACUCAUGUGAAAACAUUUUAAACAUAAAAAGCAUAAUUUAUCUGAACCAGUACAUUGAUAUGUUGGUGUCAUCAAGAGUUGACCCUGACUAUCUGGUAACUGCCAUGGAUCAGUACAGCAACUGUAUUGUCGGAUUGAGUCCAAAGAUGGCAGUUCAGAGCAUCAACCGAGUCAGUAAAACUGGGUAUCUUCAGAGGGAUGUCUUGGACAAGGCUGCUGAAGUCAUCUCUGACAACAUAGAAUGCAUUGAUUUGAAUCACAUAAUAAGCAUAUUGACACCUUACUGCAUAUUUAACUAUGUUCCUGCUUCCGUGCCAACAUUCCUUGAUUCUUGUGCAGAAAGAUUCAUGCCAUUCCUGGAUGUGGUAUCAACUGAUCAUCUCCUUCAUCUUGCCUAUUUGCUAAGUUUAAGCGGGUAUUUCCCAGAGCCCCUUAUAAGAAAAAUAUUUAGUGUUGAAUUUCUGAUGAACAUUGAUAAGCAACUCAAAGUGUCAUCAAGGAAGAAAAUCCUUAACCAGCACAGGCUGUUUUGUGUAAACAGAUCUGUGGCACUGCAGUGUCCACAUUAUGAAAUUCCAUGGUUUCAUCAGAAGCAUUGCCCAGAAUUUAUGCCUUCCUUAAUAAAUGAAAACCAAAGGCACCAUACUAUACAGGAGAUAAAAUAUUUUCUAACAGAACUUUGUGGAGGUCCAUCAUAUCUAAGAACUAAUGUUCUGACGCCAUACCAUUACAACCUACACUUUGAGUGUGUGCUUGACACAGAUGGUAGAGUGUUACCCUGUGCUGACUAUGGAAGUGUCCUGAAUCAAUGCAAGGACAUGGCAAUCGGAACAUCUCAUUCCUCUAAAUGGGGUGUUAGUGUAAAGCAAUUACCGCCAGGUGCUCAAAGGGUUGCUAUUGAAUACUUGUUCCAUAAUCAAUUUUGUUUGAAGUCACAUCAUUGUAAAGCUAGCUCCAUUGCCAAGAGAAACAAUCUAGAGAUUAUUGGCUACAAGGUUAUACAGAUUCCAUAUUACGAGUGGAACUCAAAGGAAUUGUUUGAGGCUGAGGACCGAUUGAGCUAUUUACAACAACUGCUGUUUUCCGACUGUAAACCAAUGGUAAAAGGUCAGUUGGAGACCGAGUUGGAACAUCAGCCUUAUGAAGAGGACCAGUUAGAUGGGCUGCAUUCAGAACCAACUAAGAAUGAAGUCACUGAUAACCAUGUUUUAAAGGUUCUUGGAAAUAUGGAUAAAUGGUCAUGAAAUAUGCUCCAUGUAUUUUACAAUACAGUUUUACAAUUAGUAUAUACCUAAUUUGACAAUUACAACUACAUUACAAUUUUAUUUCAUUAAAAUUUUACAAGAAGUGCUAAAUUCCAUAAAACCUGUGAUUAAAUUCCAUGGUCACUGUUUCUUUGGUUUUUUUUUUUUUAGAGGGUUACUAAUUGAGUACUGGGUCACUAUUAGUAAGGAUGCAUUGGGAAAUGAUAACCAAGAAACAGGUGGCUGGAUGAUUUAAAUAUCCUUUAAGCUCCAAAUGUCACAUAAGAUCUUUAACUUCAUGGGUACCAUAAGUUUUGAUCGGUAGUGUCUAGGGUGUCAUAACAUCAUAUAGUUGUUUGUGAUUGCGAAAACCUUUCCUCGUUGUCUGAAUACUAGGACCUAGUUUGGUUUGAAUCUACGUUGUACCAAAGAGUAUUGAACUACAAGAAGUCUGACUCUCAUGGUUUCGUUGGAAUGUAAUCUUAUUUCAAAAAGUACUGCCACGAAGGAGCGUGUCCUUAAAAGACAAUUUUCAAGCGAACUCUAUUCAAAUUUUAAUAGUAGUAGUGGUAGUACUUCUUUUUAAAGUUUCAUUUAUUUAUUCACCAAGAAACAUGGUAAGGGACAGCUAAAGAAACAAGUCUAUGACCCGGAGGCCAGCUGUCCCAUUGCAUGCAUACAAAAUCAGGGUAGUCGGACCUCUUGCAAUUCUUUACUCUUGAAGGAUAUUCAAGGGUAAGUGAAACCAUCUAUCAUACUGAUGUGUUAAGCUAAAGAAUUGUUUAGAUUAUUGUGUACAUUACAAAGUUUUAUAACCAGGCCCGCAGGCAGGAUUUUUUCAAUGGGGAGGUGCGUUUUGCGUGCGAAGCGAACCUUAGGCUGGAGGAGUCUACAGAUAACAAUUCAUUGUUCAUAAUUGUCGUGGGUCAUGGACGUCAAGAAAUAAAACUUUGACUGUGUUUUAAACGUUCAUUCAGAAAGUCAAAUAUCAAAACCAAAAUAUAAACAAAAAUUAAAACCCUGCAAUAAUAACAAUAAUAGCAAUGCUCUGAUUUCGUUGGUAACGUGUCAGUCGUGUAGCAUUCAGUACAUAUUCUCCACGCCAACAACCAGUAAUCAGUUUCAGAAAUUAUUCGAUUUGGACUUUCUUGUCCCUACCGUUCAAUAUUCCAGUGCAUCUUACCUCGAUCAAAGCAGGUGAUCAACUCCUUCCCUUUAUUCAGCUAUUAGCCUAAUCACAAAGAUGCUAUAACAAUAAACACGUCCGCAAGGGGUGAAAUAACAGAGGAAUGAAUCCUUACACGAAGUAAAGUAGUGCACAAUAUAAACACAUACAAAAAUUUAGUAAAUUCCAACUUUCCCACAUGAAUGCCUUUCAACCUUGUAAGCGAAGGCUGUCCUACUUAAAGUGUGGACAAAUGGUGUAAAUUAGUGUGAAGACCAAUACAGAAUUAUUAAUUGUUGUAACUUGAGAUCCAAUAUCCCUUUUCAGAUGUCCCUUGGCGUUUCCCUGCUGGUGAAGGUGACUUAUUAGUUUUCCAUUUACUAACGUCUCAUUUGCUUCUUUUGCACAACUGAGCCGCAUGUGACCAUAUUCACCACAGUUGUAACAAAACCUCAGAAGAUCUGAGCUUUGCAUGGUAUGCCCCUUUCUUUAUUUGGAGGUGGCUGACUUUUCUUUGUUGAUUUAUGUGAGCGUUAUCUAAUGUAGAAUGUUUUAACAUCUUUUCAAUUUUGCUCAUUUGUUCUGCUAGAUCAUUGUUGCUGACAGUAUAUCCUGCUGCAACUGAAUUUUGGCUUUGACCCUUAGCUUUUUGUUGUUUAUUUAACGUUUCUUCCUCCCAUCAUCUGACUUUAUCUAGUAGAGUCAGGUAGGUUGGUGGCGUUUAUUGAAGUUCUCUCAAACGGAGGACGACCAGCAGCAGUGGCUCAUAGAUAAUUCCUUGAAUAAACUGUUAUAGUAUUACAGUAUUCAUCCUAUCUUCAGGAAUACCACUCUUCUGCAAAAAAUGUCUCAGGGCUCCCUGUAGACGAGUUAGGUAGUGAGAAGGUGUCUCCUGUACUUUUUGUUCAAUGGCAAAGAAUUGAUGGAAUAAUUUUUCGCCUGUGAGUGUAGACCUAUACUUUACCUCACAGACAUGGAGAUACUCUUUUGCUGUAGCUGAUGAAUUUUCUCUCCGAAGGUCGUCGAUCACUUCUAGGGUAGGAGAGCGCAGUGCCUCCCGUAGUCUUCGCUUUUUGGGCUUGCGACACCUCUAUUACAGCUUCUUCAAUCAGUGCUUUUGCUUGUGUUUUCCAUACAUGAUAGGGAUCCUUGUCCUUUCCGUGCUUGGUACUGCCCGAAAAUACCAUUAACUUUCUAUAAUUUAUGGAUAAACGUGCCACAUCUAGAAGCUCCUUCUGAGCUGAUGCAUGAGUUUGAUUGGAUAUAGCUGUGGAUGUAGAUGGCCCUGGUUGAAAAUUGUCUGUGAUUAGAAUAGGGUUGAAUUCAAUAAUGUUGUUACUUUCUUAGACUUCAUUGGUUUCAAGAAUUGUUAAAUCAAUUGACUUAAUGUACAGUAAAGAACAAAAGUUUUCUGCAAAUCAUCGACCUCGUUCCUUCUCUUGACUUCUUCUACUGGCAAAGCAGCACACAACUUUAUAAACAGCCUAGAAUUAGCCACUUUUGUUCUUGCUGCUGAUACCUUACUCUAUUGGUCCAAUCAGCUGCAUACUCUACAAAUUUUUACAUCUUCGCUCUCACUAAAACUAUUGAUAAAACUCUUAAAUAAGAAUGUAAAAGAAAGAACUGUUUAAUUAAUUAUACAAAGCGAGCUUCCCGGAUGACCCUCAAUUUGUAACCUGAGUUUCCUUGAAAACCAAAUAUUCCAGGACAAUUACAAAUAAAUAAUAAUCCAGGAAAAUGCCUAUAUAAUAAGUAUGUAUUUUAAUUACAGAAAAGAUGAAUUUGUGA